GUCUAAACCGUUUGCAACCUUAUAUUUCACUCAAAACUGUGAAUUGUUCAUACUUCAAGUCCUCUCUUUCCGUGUACCUUCGUCUAAUUUGAUUUUCUUUGUUAAACCAGUAAACAGGAAACCGACUUUUUUUGGUUUUUGCUCUUCAAAUGACUCAGUGCCCACAGGAUCUUUGGAGCGAGAGGAGGGACUCUUUGAAGUCAUUUCAAAACAAAAGCCCUCGUCUGCUAAAAGACACUUGUCAAUAGAUCAAGGGUUUAUUGAUCCGUCAAGUUUGAAUCGUCAUUAUCUUUCUAACUUAACCAAACUAUGAAAGCUAUCAUCCCGCUCUAUUUAACACUGGUAUUAUCAAUAUAGUAUCUGAGAGGGAGCGAAGGAGAUGAAAUGUAUUUUACCAGACGAGGGCUUUUUUAAAAAAAUCACAUCCCAGAUUUCCGCCCUGGCCCUCGCCCCCAAACUUCGGCUCGCACUUAAUAAUGUAAAGAGCAAAACAGAAAGAAAAAACGUUUGUUGUCGCUUUUAAGAUGACUGGUUUGAGAAUGAAAAGUAAUUGAAACGAAGGGACGCGUUUACCUUCGUUUCAAUUAUUUAUUUCCGGACUCGAAUUGUUAUUUAGGUGACUGAACAUAAAUGGCACUGUCAUGCUUAAUAGGCUGCGCGAAGCUCAAAAAGGAAGGGAUUUGAUUACUAGGAAAAAAUUAGGAUAAGGUGUUGGAAACUCAUAGAGGAGUAAUAUAAGCCUAAAAUAAUUUUGUUUAAUUAAAUAUGGUUUCGUUUUUUACAUGUGCACAUAACUUUAGAUUUGCAGAAGUGCGCAGGCGCGUUUUCGCGGUCACCUGCUGCUGCAGCCCAGACAGACACGACCUACAGCUGUUGUGACCCAAUUACCCUGCAGAAAACUGCCCGCCACCUGUCCAGAGACAGGACAGCGUCUGAACAGCAGAUGUGAUGCUGGAGGAACAGGCUGUGGAGCUCUGAGCCUCCCAUGGAUGUCAGCACCAUGGAGUCGAAGUCAUCCCAGACCCCUCAGCCUUCGGCCGCCCUGGCAAAAGGCGGCUACUCCCUGCUGUCUAGUGGAACUCUUGGUGCCGGGCUGGGCACCCAAGGGAUACACUAUUUUUGCGGCUCCGUUGCAGCUUUUACCAACAUUGUGGUGACUUUCCCAAUCCAGAAGGUGCUGUUCCGCCAGCAGCUACACGGUGUGUUGGCCAAUGAGGCGGUGCGGCAACUGCAGAGGGAGGGGCUUAGGAAUCUUUAUCGGGGUCUGCUGCCCCCGCUGCUCCAGAAGAGCACUACAGUGGCCAUCAUGUUUGGCCUGUACGAGGACUUCUCUAGAGUCUUACUAGACCGGGCCGCUGGCACAGGUGUGCCGGAGCUGGCCACCCGGAGCUUUGCUGCAGCGUUGGCAGGAACCGCAGAGGCCCUCCUAACACCGUUUGAGCGUGUGCAGACUCUUUUACAAGACCAUCGUCACCACGGGCGCUUCAAAAACACAGUCCACACCUUCAGGACACUUGUGACUGAGUAUGGUGUCAGAGAGUGCUACCGUGGCCUGGUGCCCAUAAUUAUUCGUAAUGGCCCCAGCAAUGUGCUCUUCUUCGGGCUCCGUGGGCCCAUUAAGGAGCAGCUCCCAGAAGUCAAUAGCCGGGCAGGCCACAUUCUAAAUGAUUUUGUAUGUGGAGGGUUGUUAGGGGCAGCCCUGGGCAUUAUGUUCUAUCCCUUAAAUGUGGUCAAGUCCCGGGCCCAGUCUCAGGUAGGUGGAGCCUUCCAGCCUUGCAGGCAGGUGCUGCUAACAGUGUGGAGAGAAAGGGGGGGCAGUGUGGCCAUGCUGUUCAGAGGGGCCACUCUCAAUUACCACCGUUCACUGCUCUCCUGGGGGAUCAUCAAUGCCACCUAUGAGCUGCUGCUGAAGGAGCUGUCAUAAUAGAGAUAUAGAGAACAAGAGAAAGCAUUUAAAGGGAAAAACCUGUUUAAAUUGUAAGAGUCAUUUGUUGAAAAGAAAGGAAACCAUUAAGUAAAGCCGAUGUACUUGCUGUCUGGCAAUUUUUUGGGGGCCCACAGACUGAAAGACAGCAGCAUAGUUGCACUUCUAACAGGGGCCAACAGUCAGUGUAAGAUAACCCACCUGCCACAUGCCAUGACUAUUUACUGUUGUCAGUAUUUAAAACAAGACACAAGCUUUAGCCUAUACAAAACUUGUGCCGGGGUCCAAUUAAAAUGCCCUUGUUUGCUCUCUGUACAAACAUGUUGUUGAGCAAACUAAAUUAUGCGCUUUUUCCCCACAGUUUCAAGCAAAGGUUACUUCACUGGAUUAACUGUUUCAUCGUAUGUGCUGUGCUGAUUUGUGGACAACAUGCGUCUGUUUGUUUGACCGAGAGUAUUUCCUCUGUCAGGCUGUUUUGUGCCCCUUAACUUAAUCACUUUUGUACUUUUGACAAUGGAAAUACCCCAACAUGUUCCAUCAAGAAAAGUGUAAUAAAAUAUAGAGUUGGCUGUAUUAUUUCUCUUUGUGCACCAUCUCAAACUAUUCAGCCUGUAUAAAUAUUAUAUGAUCAAAAAUCUUUUAUUUCAGAAAUUGUUUAAAUAAAUGUGAGUGAUAUAUGUUCUUGGAAAUACUGUCAGGCGGUUUUAAACAGUUUCUCCUUUUACACAUGAAUUUCUUUUUUGGUCAAUUCAAAAUGAAAUGUUUUUUCAGGCACAAUUUGUCUUUGUCUCUUUGUUUGAUUAAGAAAGUUCUCCAGGCAUGUGUUGUUUGAGUUUUGAGAAGUGCCCGUUGAUGUCAGUAAAACAAAGUUACACACA